AAAAUGUCAGAUAGCUCAUCUGAUGAAGAUUAUCGAAAGUUCAAUAGGAAGGCAAAGAAGUCUUAAGUACGAACAAACAUCUAAGAUCCAGAAUCCACUAAGUUUGCCUAAGAAUUUGCAUAAAAAUUGUUAAAAGAGAGAGGAUGUACAUAGUGUGUAUGCUAAGGGAAGUUGACAUUACAGAAGAAGAGAUGGGAUUCAAGAAACAAACUACUAAAUAAGUGAAGACCACCACUUAUGUACAUAGUAUUGAUUAGGCAACAUUCAAGGAAUUAUAAAAAGAAUUCAAUAAAUGUGAAAAUAUAGGUCAGAUUUGUACCAUUUUAAAAGCAUUAAGUAAUCAUAAAGAAGCCACACCUUAGCAAUAAUUAUAGUAUAAGAUUUAGAGAAGCGAUUUUUUGAUUAAAAAUAGAAUGUAUGAAGAAGCAAAGACUGAAUGUUUUGAAUUAUUAGAGAAGGAAUUAGCAACAUUAGAUAAAGUUAAGGUGUUGUUAUCAUUAUGUAAGGCAUAAUUAGAGACAAAUGAAACAUAUAAUGGAUGUAUGUAAGCAUUGAGAUUAAAAAGCUAUGCUGAAACAGUUAAAUUAAUGCCAUCAUUUAAUCUUGGUAUUUAUGAUCUCACUCCAGAGUAAAUUUAUAAACAAAUAGAUGACAUAUAUUAAAAUAAUAUAUUUAAGAUCUAAAGAGAUAACAAAAAAGUUAUAUCUCUUUUAGGUGUAUAAGGUAAUAGUUCAACUGGUUGUUUGGGUUAAGGAGACUUAACUUAAUGUAGUGAGUUAACUUCAUAUUAGAUAUUUAAAAAUAGAAAAAUACUCUCGAUUGGAUGUGGAGAACAUCAUGUAUUAGUUUUAAUUAGUGGAUGUUCAUGUAUCAAUCCCUAUUAUGUCAGUUAAUGUAAGGGUGAAAAAUGUAAUAAUGGUAAUGAAGUAUUUGGUUGGGGAGAGAAUUUCUUAGGUCAAGUAACUAUGAAUGAAUAAGAUGGAAAUUUUAUUAGUAUUCCAUACAAUAUUAGUUAAUUAAGCAAUAAAAAAAUUAUUGGAGUUCAAGCAUAUAAAAGCACUUCAAUUGCAUGGGAUUCUGAAGGUCGAAUUUAUCAAUGGGGAGCUAAACACAUAUUUAAAAUAGAUCCAAUUGCUGAUAUUUAAUAGAUAAUUUUGGGUUUCAAAUUCGGAGCUAUUCUUGCUAAAAAGUCAUUAUUUAUUAUCGGUGAAUUAGAUGACAAUAUUAAAUAUCCAAAAUUAAUAAAAUUAGCAGAUAAUAUUGAUUAAAUUGCAGGUGGAGAUAAUCAUUUAUUAUCACUCAAUUCAUAAGGUGAAGUAUGGGGAAUAGGAUAAAAUAAAUUUCAUCAAUUAGGAGUCAAUAAUCAUUAAUAAUAUUCAUAAAUCUAAGAGGAAGAAUGCUUUUAUAUUAAUGCUAAUGAAAAUGCUAGUAUUUUUGUUACUUCUGAUGGUGAAGUCUUAUAUUGUGGUUAAGUUAGCAAAGAAAAAGUUAUUGAUUAUCCAAAAACAUUAUAAAUUGAUGAAGAUGUUCAAAUCAUAUAAGCUUGUACAUAUGAAGGGGUAAUAUAUGCUUUGAAUUUGCAAGGAAAGAUAUUUAAAUGGGAUAUUGACAAAGAACCAAAAUCUAAGUUAUUUUUAUCUGCUCCUGUAAGACAACUUCAUCUUUGUAGAGGGAUUAGGCUUUGUGAAUCAACUGCUUUAUAAGGAGAAUGGUGUAAAUUGGAAUUAGAAGAUGAGGAUCAAGAAGAAUUCGAAACCUUUUCAGAUAUUAAUCUUAUUAUCAAUUUAGGAGAUAAAUAUGGACCUUAUGGAAUCAAAUAAACUCACCCAAUCAGAUAUAAUAUUUUUGUUACUGAUGAUUCUGAAAUCACUCCUGAAUAGUUAUUACAUAAAUGUCAAGUUGUUUCAAUGAGUAAGAUCUAGUCAUAAUAAGAAAAUAAAAUUUAUAUUAAUUUGAUGAAUGAUGGUUAUAAAGCUGAGAUUAAGGAGCUUGAAGAACCAUCUAAACAUAAGCUAGUUAUAUAAAUAAAUAAACCAGGGAAUUAUUAAGUUUAUUUAUAUUUGAAUGAAUAAUUACUCAUUGAUUGUCCUUUAACUAUCAAUUUAGUGGCAGGAAGUAGAUAAGAGGAGUUGAUUUAAGCAGAAGAAUUAAAAAAAUAACAAUAAUAAGCAGAAUUAUAAAGGAAACAAGCUUUGUUAUUGAAAAAAUAAUAGGAAGAGGAAGAGAGAUAGAGAUUAUUGAAUGAAUAAUAAUAAGAAUUAUUGUAGAGAUAAUAAGAGACAAGUAAAAUUAUAUUUUAUUUAUAUAGAGAAAAGAGCUGAUGAAAAAUUAUAAUCUUAUUAAUUAAAAAUUUAGGAAGAAAAAAGAUAAAAAGAGGAAGAAAGAUAAUUAAAGAAAGAUUUAUUAACAGGAGGUGGUUUCGAUUUAAAUAAAGUUAAAUAAUAAUAAUAAGAAUAAAAUUAAAUUAUUAAUCCACCUAAGAAAAUUAUUAAAUAAAUCAAUACUGCUCUAACUUAAAAAGUUAAAUAGUAAAUGUAAAAUCUACAAUAAGAAAGAUAAUAAUUAUAGUAAUUAAAUAAUCAAUAAUAAUAAUAAUAAUAAUAAUAAUAAUAAUAAUAAUAAUAAUAAUAAAAACUAUAAAGUAAACCUUAAUCUUAGCCUCAAAAAUUGAAUCCUGUCAAAGCCACUCCUAAAGUACUUCAAAGUAUUUAAUCUACUAAAACCACUGAUAAAGCAUUUUCAACUUAGGAGACCUUCAAAGAAAUGCAAUAAACAGGAUAAUUUAGAAAAACAGAUACUUAAUUGUAAAAGAUAUAAUAAGAAUUCUAAUAAGAAUUUGAAUAGUUGAAAAGAAAGGAAACAAAUAAAUAUAAAAGAUGA